CAGCGGGGAUGUUUUGUAUAACGUUACGUUAAGACAUAGUUUCUGUUUAAUGUCAUAAUACUCUGGAUGUCUGUAUGAGUACAUAAGUUGAAUUUCACAUAAACGCCAGUAGAGUGUGAAGCUGGAUUAUCCUUGCAGAUAGACCGCAGCUAGAACGGCUUGCUAAUAUACACAACAAGCCUGAAGCAAUCGUUGCAUGUGUGGUGAGAAAAACCAGAGACGACCAACCAUGACUUCACUGGGGGGCAGCAGUUCCUCAACCACAGAAUACACUGUGCGGGUCCCCAAAAACACCAGCAAGAAGUACAACAUCAUGGCUUUCAAUUCAGGAGACAGAGUCAACUGUUCAACCUGGACACAGGCUCGCAUGGAAAGAGACAUGAGUGCCCGGCGGAUAUAUGGGGAGGAAGAGACGCAGGAAGGCGCGGCUGGCAGUGAGUUUGGCAAAAAACAGCGUGAGGAAGCGAGGCGGAAGAAGUUUGGUAUUGUGACACGUGAGUUCAAAGUGGAGGACCAACCCUGGAUUCUUAAGGUCAAUGGCAAGGCCGGCAAGAGGUUCAAAGGUCAAAAGAAGGGGGGUGUUACAGAAAACGCAUCCUACUACAUCUUUACACAGUGUCCUGAUGGAGCUUUUGAGGCCUUCCCCGUCAAUGGCUGGUACAACUUCACACCGCUAGCCAAGCACCGAACUCUCACUGCCGAGGAAGCCGAGGAGGAGUGGGGCAGAAGGAACAAGGUGGUGAAUCACUUCAGCAUCAUGCUUCAGAGACGUUUCCGGGAGCAAGAGCGUGGCGAGGAUGAGGAUGAUGAGGGCGAGAAGUCGGGGAAGAAGAAAAAGAAGAAGGGUGGCAGAGGCGGUGACCUGCGCAUUCACGACCUGGAAGACGACCUGGAGAUGAGCAGCGAUGACAGUGACAGCAGUAUGGGGGAAGAUGGAGAGAGCAAGACAAAGGCGAAGAAGGACACUGGGAAAGGAAAAGGAAAGAAGAAGAAGAAAAAGAGCAAUGAGCAUGAGGCCCUGGAGGACAGUGAUGAUGGUGACUACGAGGGCCUAGAAGUGGAUUACAUGUCGGAUGAAAGCAGCAGUUCGGAUGAAGAGCCAGAAAAGGGAAAGUCCACCAAAGGAGGAGAGGAACACCCUAAAGGGAUUGAUGAAGCUUCAGAAAGUGAGGAAGAGAGUGAGGAGGAGAAACAGAACGAGGAGGAAGCCAAAGAGGAGGAAGAGGAAGAGGAAGGCAAGAAAACCCCUGUCCAAGUGGAAAAGAAGAAGAAAAAAGACAGCAGCGGAGAGUCGGAGAGCUCAGACGACAGUGACAUCGAGGGAGAGACGGCCUCCGCUCUCUUCAUGAAAAAGCGCACGCCUCCUAAACGUGGAGGUGGGCGUGGCUCUGCAGGUAGCUCCAGGACUGGCAGUCGCCCCGGGACACCAUCCAUAGACUCUGCCUCCACCUCCAAUACGCUCCGUGCUGCUGCCAGCAAGCUAGAGCAAGGUAAGAGGCAGACUCAGGGUCCUAGCACUGACUCACCAGCUGCCAAAAGGCUGAAGAUGGAGCCCAGCAGUCAGAGCCCUGUUCCCUCUGGCAAGACUACGCCUCAGCCCCCAUCAGGCAAAUCCACUCCUAGCUCAAGUGAUGUGCAGCUAACGGAGGAAGCGGUGCGGCGCUACCUGAUCCGUAAACCGAUGACCACCAAAGACCUGCUGAAGAAGUUCCAGACCAAGCGCACAGGUUUGAGCAGUGAGCAGACUGUCAAUGUGCUGGCACAGAUCCUGAAGCGCCUCAAUCCGGAGCGCAAAAAUGUGAACGACAAAAUGCAUUUCUACCUCACUGAAUAACUGAUGGAAGCGAGGGAUGGAGCUGCAGUGGUGAAGGGGAUGGAGAAUAGUGGGAAGAGCUGAAAAUGAAACUAAGGGGAAAAAUGUUGGUGGAUUUUUUGUAAAACUCUGAUCGCUGGAAGAGGUUUUGUGUUAAAAUAGUGACAUGCCACAGGAGGUUCAAACUGUCACAUGGCAUUUAUCAAAAAAUAUCUUGUUGAACAUAUAUUUUUUUUCAUAGUCAAAAACAGUAAAUAAGUGAAAAACCGCUCAAUUUCUGUAUGGUUUGUGUGUAAACCAUUUAACUUGGAGCUUGUUGAAUGGGGGGGGAAAGUAUUUAACUUGUUUUUCUUCAGUAUAAACUUUUGUAAUAAAAUUUGCUGUUGUGUAA